UACCGUGCCACGCAAACAGACACUUUACUUUUCUCUUUUACAAAUGAUUAUUGUGACUAAAAGUACGUUGUUCAAGAACAAGCAACCCAAAGGCCUCCGAUGUAUCUGAAUUCCAGCAACACAGCCUCGUCUGUACGGAGCGUGUGAGCGAGCUCUCGGUGUGUUCCUCUCCUCCAGGUCCCCGCGUGUAGAUGCUCCCCAUGCAGGCCGGCUGACCGCCCACCACGAUGUCGGACAGUGGGAACCAGUCCUGUCUGCUGGGAGCGGAGGACACGUUCUCCUUCCUGGUGUGUGUGUUCCAUGCAUGGGAGGACUACCUGAGUGUUUUGGAGUACCUGCUGUGGGUCUUCACCCCUCUGGCCGUCGUCUUCAUCCUGCCCUUCGUCAUCGUCAUCCUGAUUUACCUCUCCAUACUCUUCCUUCAUGUCUACAAGAGGAAGAAUCAGCUGAGGGAAGCUUACUGCAACAACCUGUGGGACGGAGCCAGGAAGACCCUGGCUACCCUGUGGGAUGGACAUGGAGCCAUAUGGCAUGGCUACGAGAUCCAUGGCAUGGAGAAGAUCCCUGACCAAGGAGCAGCACUGAUAGUUUACUAUCACGGAGCCAUUCCCAUCGACUACUAUUACUUUCUAGCCAACGUUAUCAUCCAGAAGGGACGGCCCUGCCACUCUGUAGCUGACCACUUACUCUUCAAGAUCCCAGGUUUCAAGUUGCUGCUGGAGGUGUUCAGCGUGAUCCACGGGCCUCAGGAGGAGUGUGUGCGGGCUCUGAGGAGCGGCCACCUGUUGGGGAUUUCUCCAGGUGGAGUGCGGGAGGCUCUGUUCAGCGAUGAGACCUACCCUCUCGUCUGGGGCAAACGCACCGGCUUCGCCCAGGUCGCCAUCGACUCCCAAGUGCCGGUAAUUCCAAUGUUUACUCAGAAUGUGCGGGAAGGCUUCAGAUCGCUGGGAACACUCAGAUUUUUCCGAUGGUUGUAUGAGAGGUUUCGCCUCCCCAUUGCUCCUGUUUAUGGUGGAUUUCCGGUGAAGUUUCGGACUUUCCUGGGUGACCCCAUCCCAUACGACUCCAACAUAAACGCUGCAGAGCUUGCAGAGAAAGUGCAGCGGGCUGUUCAGUCUCUGAUAGACCAGCACCAGCAGAUCCCGGGGAACAUCCUGAGAGCCUUGUUGGAGAGAUUUCACAGCAAACACAAAGAGCGUUAACGUCAGCAGUGCAGAGAAGAGACCUUCUGUCCGGUGUGUGUGACCAGGGCGCCACGUCACGGGGGCUCAGGCGGCGCCCGUGUGAACAGGUUUGAUGGCCCAACAUGUUGGAACAUUUGCACAACUUUCAUGCGUGCUCACAACACAUUCAUUUAGCUUCUGAUAUGUUUCUUUCAUUAAGUCACUUUAGAUGGAUGAAUCGGGUUAGAAGCUAGACUUCCUGAAAUGACUAAAUAAGACUCAACAUUUAUUACACCUCAGAGAUUGUUUUAACACACAAUAAAAAUCACUGUAUGGUCAGAAGGAAGAUGGACCUUAGGGCUGGUCUGUGAGCUGAUUGCUUGUGGUUCUGGUUGUUUUAGAUCUUUGUAAAUAAAUGUGAUUCAGGCUGUUUCUUAUUUGAAAACUGUGAUAUCAGUUUGUUAAUGUCAGCAAAGGUUCCUAAUCUGAAUCAGCUGAUACAUGUUGUGUGACGUCGUGUGCAGACGCAUGUUUGCACAUCUUCAGCUUUACUCGACUUGGAGCCAACGUCGGUGACGGUAUCACGGAGUGCUCCCACCAAGCGCAAAGGGAACUUUGAUUGUUCGUCACUAACGUUGGAUCAGAAAUGGACAAUUACAAGGAUCAAGUAUCGUGUGUUUAAAUGUACGUGUGUGAACAGUCAUUUUGCUGAUGCUUUGUGACUAGAAGACAUUAUUUUGAGUUUAGAUGGACCAGCUACAAUGUUAGCAUAGCGCUAAAUGAUCCAAACGGCCUCUACACGCUACCAGUGGUGGUUUCAGUGAAGGAAAGAAACGUAUCAACAUGCAGGAUAAACCUGUACCUGCUCCCCCCCCGCCCCCCCGGUCCAACCCAAAAAAACUGAGCUCCACAUGCCGAGUAGACAGCACAGCCAGUGGUUCUGGCUGGUCCACUACGAAAGGCUAAAGUAGAAACCAGAUAGUGACCAAAGGUCUCAGCAGUAUAAUGGCAUGCAGGUAUAUAGACCCAAAGAUACACCAGAAAAACUGUCAUUACUCAGUAUUAAUUGUAUUGACCAUUAUUGUAGGCAUGCAGGUAAUGGCAAUGUGUUAUUCAACAUUCAGGCCCCCAAAAUGUUAUAAUAAACUAUAACAAUAAGCUGAAAACACAAAGGGUUGUGUAGACGCAUCCCCUGCUUGGACUGGUUGACUCAUAAGAUAACAUCAUGCUGUAUUAAGGAAGAGAGCGUUUUCUCAUAGACUUCUAUGGGACCAGAGGAGUCGCCCCCUGGUGGUCACUACAGAGAAUGCAGUUUCAGGAUACUUUCUCAUUGUCUUUACUUUUUAGGACCAAGGAUGCCAUCCGCUUUAUUUAUGACUUCAAGACAAGGGAAAGAAAAUGCUUCGCCAGGAUAAUCUUUUUACCUUCCAUUUUUUCCUUCCACGCAAAAUGUGUUCUUUGUGUUAAGAGUGCACAAAGAAGACAAGGUGAAAACGGUUAGUUCAAAUGAGAACAGGGGGAGUGAUGACCUUUAGUCUCUCGAAUAUUCCCCCAAAAAAUGAUGAUAAAUAAGUAACGUAGAAUAAUUAUUUAUUUCAACCAAUCCUUGGUCUUGAACAUAGAAAAUGAUUUCAGACUCUGAUGCUUCUCACUGGCAUCUCAGGGGUUUGAGAUGUUGUUCUUCUGUUGCAUAAAUAUUUGUUAAUUUUUGGCUAUUUAGAAUUUGGCUGGAAUGAACCAAACAUACAAAUAUAGAAAGCUUGUAGUAGAUUAUUUCUUAUUCCAUUGUCAAUGAUCCCUGAGGUCCUGAUGUGGUUCCAGACUCCGGUCUCUCAGGACUCUUUUUCUGAUAUCUUGGAUUUUGAAUUAUUGCACAAAAUAAAAACAACCAAGAGAGGGAUAUUUACGUUUAGGUACUUUGUCAUAGUAAAAGCAUUAAAAUAUCCUGAGGUGAGUGUUGACUAUGACCGUAUUUCUAUAUUUUUACAUGCAGACUCUUUUAUGGGUUUUCCGACUCAUUCCUGCAACACUUUAUUGUAAUAAUUGUUUUGGAUGAGAGAUUGAGUCGGCAUAUCUCUGAAACCGUGAGUGAUUUGAUGGCGUUUACUGUGACUGAGGACUUGUUACUUUUCUCUGUUUCAUCUUCAAGUGAUGUUCGACGUGUGAAGACAGUAUAUGCAUAUGCACUGUGCAUCAUUUACACUUGAAUCACCAGUUGUACACGACACAAAUAGCAGUGGCCUCUGGUGCCGUACCUGAUCAGUGUCAGAGGUCACUGAAAAUGCUCAGAUGUAAGAUUUAAAUGUAUUAAAAUAAAAUACAAUGAGAAACGACAUAAUAACUGAAAUAUUAAAAUCUUCUGUGAGGCCGCUCCAGCAGCUCAGAGAUGAGCGUUAACCGAUGUGAAGAAUGUGAAGUGAUGUGUGCCGUCUCUUUAACCUCCAGUUCACUUCCAACAUGAAGACACAAAGAGUCAGUCAGUUAAUUGAUCACAAAACGGGAGUCAAGGAGCCUUCGGAUUGGCCUCCCCUUCCUCGAGGCCUCCGGUAGAUUUAUUAUUACGUCCGUUUCUCUGUGGGGUUCCUUCCAUAAUAACAAUAACACACUGAGCUGUUCUAAAGCUCUGAGUCAUGAAGCUGUUUGUGAACACUGAAACCAUUCAGAAUAGAGAUGAUGAUCCGCAAAAGAGAUUAACACUGAAUGGUGACGGGGGGAAAACUUUUCUGUAUCUGUGUUCCCUCGUCCAGCAAGUACUGUCUCACUGUAAUAUUGUUCAUUUCUGUAGAACCAAUGACUUGAUCCCUUUAUUGUGUGCAUGCAUGGUGUGUAAACACAAUGAGCUGGUUGUCAAAGCGUCUGCCAGCUGAUUCUGGGUGUCAUCUUCUAGAAGCCUGAGACCAGGUGGGCUUCUGAUGGAAGUCUCCUUCUGGGAACUGGUUGCCUCUUAUUUGUGUUGAUUGACAUGAUCUAACUUGUGAUAUAUGAUGCCAAUAUAGAAAUGUUGCACUUUUAAAUAUUACUCUUCAACCUGUUAAUAAACUUAUUUUAUUAAGA